UUCCACUCCCCUGGGCAGCCCCAGAGAAUACAGCUGGAAACUGUGGCACUCACUCACCCAUAAUGAGAGCUCUCCGUGGCCGCUACACUCUUCUGACUGGCUGCCUGGAGGAUGACCUGGCCCUGGAGUGUGUUGAAACUGCGGUGCAGGAGGGAUUGGGCCAAGCAGAUGUGGCAGUGAUGGCUUCACCCCCCAAGGAGCCCAGUGAGUUGUUGCUGAAUGGAAGGAGCAGCAUCUUGAAGUCAGGAGAGAUGCAGCAGCUGGCACCUCAUCUCCCUCCCAGAAUGACCACUGGACAUCCCUGGAGCCUGCUGUACUGCACAGCAAGAAAUGGCUUUAGUUUGAAGACCUUGUACCGAAGCAUGACCAGCCUGAGCUGUCCUGUGCUGCUUGUCAUCAGAGAUACUAAUGGUCAGAUGUUUGGGGCCUUUUCUUCCACCUCAAUACGAGUCAGCAGCAGCUUUUAUGGUACAGGGGAGACUUUCCUCUUCUCCUUCUCCCCAGAGUUAAAGGUGAAGGUGUUCAAGUGGACAGGCAGCAACACCUUCUUCAUGAAAGGAGAUGCAGAUUUGCUUGUGAUUGGUGGGGGCAGUGGCAAAUUUGGGCUGUGGCUGGAUGGGGAUUUGUACCGUGGAGGAAGCUGCCCCUGUGAGACUUUCAACAACGAGACACUAUCACACCAGGAAGAGUUUUUUAUUCAGGACCUGGAAGUGUGGGCCCUGCCCUAAGCUGCAAGGCCAGUCCUUGGACUCUCCCUUGUUUGGCACCUAAAAAUAACAAACUGCUUUUUACCAGUG